UAUUUGUUUUUAAAUAAGUCACUACUUGAAAUCAUCACUAUUUGAGCUAGUUUUUUUUUUAAAUAAUAUAAAAUCAUUUGGUGGAAUUGAUAGAUGUAGACGAGGUAGAUAGAGCAAGUUAUUCCGUAAAGUUGUUUUUUUUUUUAUUGUCAAUAAACAAGUCUCUAGUGGAUGGUUUAUAAUAGAAUCACACAUUGACUUAAACUUUCGCCAAAAAAUUCGAUACGUCGCACUCUCGAGAGGCGGGAAUAUAUAGUUUUAUGAUGAGUGCUCGGGAAAAAACUGAUUCGUUCUGGUCCUCCACAUAACUUCAUAUACGGUAAGGUAGAAGGCCAGAGUGGAUAUUCUACUGCUGGAUGGGAUGUUAAGGGUGCUGCUGGAGGAGUGAAAAAGUCUCCGAUGUUAGGAGAAAUGCCUACCCCUGAGGGGAUUUUCAGGAGUAAGGCAGUAUUUGCGCAGGUCGUAAGGGGCGUAGGGGAUUUCAGAUAAUCUGGGAAAUCUGUAUUUUUUGAAAUAACCUCAGAUAAAUUUUUAUUUUGCCAGUUUAAUUACGGUUUAGCAUAAGGAUCCCAGAAGGAAUUUUUCAAAAAUCAAGUGUUUUUCUUGAUAAUUCAAGGAAAAAACCAUUUUACCCCUUAAGGGGAAGAAAUAUCCCUUGGAAAGUCAUCGGUAGACUUCGUGCCGAUUCGUUCCCCUUGCCGAAAGGAGUGAAUUUUGUUUAGUUGAGGGGUUUUAUAGAGUGUCUCAGCGCACUUGUGAUAGUACUUCAGUGAUAAGUCAACGGGGAAAGAUGUAGUCAAUUGUUCCGUGAUUCCUUGUGGUGAAAUGUAUAAGCGUGGAAAAUGGAUAUAGGAAAGAUGUACCGAAUUGUAUAUAAGGGAUUGUGCGAGAAUGGUAUUGUGAGAAAGAGUUAUACAAGAAACUUAAUUCACUGAGAGAUAUAAAACCAAAGAAAUCAUCUCUUUUGUGACCUAGAAAAUAAAAGUCGAAGAUUACAGAAUAUUUGUGUGAAUGAAGUGGUUAGGACAGAUUUUAUAAAAUUGAAUUUAAAAAAAAAAAGAAAAAUAUAAAAAAAAGUUAAGAACAUUUUGCAGUAGUUUUGCAAUGGAAAAUGAAAUGUUUAGCAGUGAAUUAAUCUUCAUAUCAACAUCCAAGAACUCUCAAGACUUGUAUAUUAAUAACAGUGAAAAUUUCUCUUCCUAAACACGAAGAAGAUUUCGUAUUAUGUCUGGAUGCAAAACGGCAAAAUGAGUCCAAUGGAAUAAAGUUGAAGGAUAAACAGGAAUAGGGAAGAGAGAGAGUAUAAUGUUUCAAGAGUGUGCAAUUCUAAUUCAGAGGAUUCUUGAGGCUAUAAUGUGGUUGGUGGUAUGAUAUGCAAAAAUGUGCAAGAGGAAGAAUAUAAGAGAGAGAGACUUUAGUACAUUGCAAAAGCAGUGAAAAGACUUAUAGUUAAUGAAAUCGUUGCCUAGAAUGCGCGACUGGCUGGGAAAUGGAAGAAAAACUGGCACAACCACAAGAUUUUCUCUUUAUUUCGUAUGCACCAGCAUUAUCAUCUAGUGUCUAGAUUUUUCUAUGAGAUGCUGAAGCAAUUUGACGUUCUUUCUUUUAUUUUUUUUUUACUUUGGUGAAACUCUAGUCAGAGCUUUUAUCCAGUCUCUAUUGAAUUGCACGUGAAAAAGUGAAAUUUAAAUUUAAAUUUGUGAAUGAAAAAAUAAAGCACGAGGGAAAAUUGUGUUUAGUGUGUGUAAAGAAAUAUGGGUGAAAAAAUUUUUAGGUAAAGUGAAAAGGCAUUUUGAUAAAAAAAAAAACCGAAAUAAAAUGUACAGUGGAUGGAGAAAUUGUGUCAAAUAUGAAGCAUACAAAUUGUUACGCAAACCGAUAAUGAACCCCAAAUAGAAAGUUAUACCAACAAUAAAAUUUGCUACUUUUGAUGACCGUGAGUGCUUUUCACACCAAAAUGGUUGUGGAAUGCGGAAAAUGUGCUAGGAGAUGGUAAAAUGCCAGAGACGUAGACAAUUUUGAGUGAGACAGUUAGUUGAUGGGAAAUUCGUAGGAUGUGCGGAAAAUGUGAAAAUUGCCUGACAGAGUGAAUAUACAGUCAGAAAUAUCUCAUUAAUUGCUCGUUGACAAACAAAAAAAAAUCUAUUUAAAAAAAAAAAGCUUAGCAAUAACGAAAAAAAGUAUCUCAUUAAAAGUGUUUUUAAAAAAAAAAUCUACCCUCUGUAUCCUUUCACAUUUUCCUACCAAUCCAUCCUCAGUUGCGAAAAAAAACAACUCCACAAAAAAACACCCCCCGAACCUAUCACUAUAAAGGGAAAUAUAUUUUAAAAUCAAUGAUGAUUUCUCUAAUUAUCUGGAGUACAUUUCAUGAAAUAAUCCAUGUAUUUGAACGGCAAUCACAGAAAAAUCCUUACAAUUUUGAUUGUUUAGGCACAUAGAGGCUCCUUUUUGUGUCCCACCCGAAAAAAAAGAGAAAGGAAAGCAAAAGAAAAGUCCAGAGGAGGAUUUCAACGUAGAGUGUCGAGAGAGAGAGAAAAAGGUCCAUUUUCUCAAAGAUUUUUUUUUACAUUUAACUUCUUGCAAUUCCCUUGCAAAAGGUGAUUUGAAAAGGCAAGAAGGAGGAACCUUAGAGCAAGACACAAAAAAAAGGCAGCAGAAAGAUAACGAGGGAUUAGGAUGAAGAAUCAUCUAUUUGACACUCUACCAACGCCAUCGAAAUUUUCCAUGCUUGCACUUUUCCUCUCUAUCCUCAUGAUAUGGACACAGCCAAUCUUUGGAUCUCAUGGAAAUUUCUCGGAUUUUCCAUUCAUCCAAUACCUGACACAUCCUCCGGAGAUUGACAAGAAGCCAUCAAAUCAGGGUGUUCGUGUGGGUGGUGUAGCGAGCUUUUUCUGUGCAGCACGAGGUGAUCCUCAACCGACGAUUAUAUGGCGAAAAAAUGGAAAGAAAGUUUCCGGAACCCAGAGCCGAUAUUCUGUAAUUGAGGCACAUGGUGUUUCGAUUUUGCGGAUUGAACCUGUACGAGCUGGUCGGGAUGAUGCACCGUACGAAUGUGUGGCUGAGAAUGGGGUUGGUGAUGCCGUUUCAGCUGAAGCCACUCUCACUGUCUACGAAGCUGACAAAACUCCAAGUGGAUUUCCUGUUAUCACGGUUCAGCGGCCUACGACUCGAGUUAUUGAAAUCGGGCACACAGCUGUUAUGCAAUGCAAAGCGAGCGGAAAUCCAAUUCCUAAGCUGUAUUGGUUGAAGGAUUCCAAACGUGUAGAUAUGACUAAUCCUCGAUAUUCUAUGAGCGACGGAGGAGAUCUUCAGAUUAAUAAUAGCGAAGAGGAUGAUAUGGGAAAAUAUGAAUGUGUGGCAGAAAAUUCAGUUGGGACUGAACAUUCAAAGGCAACCCUUUUGUAUGUGAAAGUUCGACGUGUUCCACCUCAAUUCUCUCGUCGUCCUGAAGCACUCAGUGAAGUGAUGCUGGGAUCCAACUUAACACUCACAUGUGUCGCAGUUGGAAGUCCGAUGCCCUACGUCAAGUGGCGAAAAGGUGAUCAGGAACUGACACCAGACGAUCAAUUACCAAUUGGACGAAAUAUUCUUGAACUGACAAACAUUCAGCAUAGUGCAAAUUAUACAUGCAUAGCUGCUUCAACACUUGGAAUAAUUGAUGCUCCGGCAAUUGUUAAAGUUCAGUCCCUCCCUACGGCUCCAACGGAUGUAUCUAUUUCGGAAGUAACAGCAACAUCGGUACGCCUUGAAUGGUCAUAUAAGGGACCCGAAGACUUGCAGUACUACGUUAUCCAGUAUAAGCCCAAGAAUGCCAAUCAGGCAUUCAGUGAAAUAAGUGGCAUAAUUACAAUGUUUUAUGUUAUCCGUGGCCUGAGUCCAUACACAGAGUAUGAAUUCUAUGUAAUUGGUGUUAACAAUAUUGGACGUGGACCACCUUCGAUUCCAGCCACAUGCACAACGGGUGAAACAGAAAUGGAAAGUGCGCCAAGGAACGUGCAAGUGCGUCCUCUCAGCUCUUCAACGAUGGUUAUUACUUGGGAGCCACCUGAAACACCAAAUGGCCAAGUUACGGGCUAUAAAGUCUACUAUACGACAAAUCCUAAUCAACCGGAGGCAUCAUGGGACUCACAAAUGGUAGACAAUAGCGAGUUAACAACAAUAUCUGAAUUAACGCCACACGCCAUUUACACAGUUCGUGUACAAGCAUUUACGUCUAUGGGUCCCGGACCGAUGUCCAAUCCAGUUCAAGUAAAAACCCAACAAGGCGUACCAUCGCAACCAAGUAAUUUCCGGGCGAUUGAUAUUGGAGAGACAGUUGUGACUCUAUCUUGGUCGAAACCAUUGCAUUCUGGUGAAAAUAUUGUUCACUAUGAACUAUAUUGGAAUGAUACAUAUGCCAAUGAGCAGCAUCAUAAACGCAUUGGCAAUACUGAGAGUCACAAUUUGUCUGGAUUAUAUCCUGACACUCUCUACUAUAUAUGGCUGGCCGCGAGAUCACAACGUGGUGAAGGUGCUACAACUCCACCGAUUCCCGUGCGCACCAAGCAGUAUGUACCUGGAGCACCACCUCGCAAUAUAUCGGCUGAAGCCACAAGUGCAACAACAAUUGCGAUUUCGUGGCAACCACCACCAAUUGAGCGAUCCAAUGGACGAAUAAUCUAUUACAAAGUGUUCUUUGUGGAGGCUGGACAGUCGGACAGUGAGGCCACUGUCACAACAUUGAACACAACCGAAAUCUUGUUGGAUGAAUUGAAAAAGUGGACUGAAUACAAGAUUUGGGUUCUUGCUGGAACAAGUGUUGGCGAUGGACCGAAAUCCUAUCCAGUCACAGUUCGAACACAUGAAGAUGUGCCAGGUGAUCCGCAGGACGUCAAGGCAAUUCCACUCAAUUCCACCUCAAUUCAUGUGAGCUGGAAGCCACCCGUGGAGAAGGAUCGCAAUGGCAUUAUUCGUGGCUACCAUAUUCACAUUCAGGAACUCAAAGAAGAGGGCAAGGGCUUCCUGAAUGAACCCUUGAAAUUUGACGUUGUUGAGGGUCUGGAGUACAAUGUGACAGGACUUCAGCCAGAUACAAGAUACUCCGUCCAAGUGGCUGCUCUAACGCGCAAAGGAGAUGGAGACAGGAGUUUGCCAAUUAAUGUGAAGACUCCUGGUGGAGUUCCAACGCGUCCAGUGGUCAAUCUCAAGGCUCUGCGUGAUCCAACUGUGUCCAUUGAGCUCGAAUGGGAGCGCCCCAAACAAACUUACGGGGAAUUGAGGGGAUACCGACUGAGGUGGGGAGUCAAAGAUAAUAUUUUGAAUGAAGAAGUGAUUCAGGGAGCUCAUGUCAAUACGAAGAGGUUCAAUGAUUUGGAACGUGGGGUUGAGUAUGAGUUUAGAAUAGCUGGGAUGAAUCAUAUUGGGAUUGGUCAGGAGGCUGUGAAGUAUUAUACGACACCAGAGGGAGCUCCCAAUGGCCCUCCAACGAAUAUCACUGUGCGUUUCCAGACACCUGACAUUGUGUGCAUCUCUUGGGAUCCGCCUCACAGGGAGACUCGCAAUGGGCAGAUUAGUCGGUACGAUGUGCAAUUUCACAAGAAAAUCGAUCACGGAUUGGGCACAGAGAGGAAUACAACGGGGUACAAGGUUGUAUUUACGGGGUUGGAAGAGAAUACGGAGUAUGUGUUCAGGGUGAGGGCGUACACGAGGCAAGGUGCUGGGCCGUUCAGUGAGAAGGUUAUUGUGGAGACUGAGAGGGAUAUGGGCAGAGCACCAAUGUCAGUUCAGGCUGUGGCCACUUCUGAACAAACGGUGGAAGUCUGGUGGGAGCCAGUUCCAUCUCGGGGACGCCUGAUAGGCUACCAGAUCUUCUACACCAUGACAGCUGUUGAGGACCUCGAUGAAUGGCAGACUAAGGUCCUGGGACUAACAGAGUCGGCUGAUUUGAUAAAUCUUGAGAAGUAUGCUCAGUAUGCAAUUGCAAUUGCGGCCAGAUUCAAGUCUGGCCUGGGGCGAUUGAGUGAGAAAGUGACGGUAAAGGUGAAGCCUGAGGAUGUCCCAUUGAAUCUCCGUGCUCAGGAUGUUAGUACACAUUCAAUGACUCUGAGCUGGUCACCACCAAUUCGACUCAAUCCCACUAGCUACAAAAUCUCUUUCGAUGCCAUCAAGGAGUUUGUGGACUCGCAGGGUAUCACACAGACACAAAUAGUGCCCAAGAGGGAGAUUAUCCUCAAGCACCACGUCAAGUCGCACACGAUUAAUGAGCUCUCCCCAUUCACCACCUACAGUGUCAAUGUGAGCGCCAUUCCGGCCGACUAUUCCUACAAGCCACCCACCAAAAUCACCGUCACCACCCAAAUGGCAGCCCCCCAGCCCAUGGUUAAGCCUGACUUCUACGGUGUCGUCAAUGGUGAGGAGAUACAGGUGAUUCUCCCACAGGCUUCGGAGGAAUAUGGUCCAAUAUCCCAUUACUAUCUGAUUGUGGUGCCGGAAGAUAAGUCAAAUUUGCACAAGAAUCCAGAUCAAUUUCUCACGGAGGACAUGCUGCCGGGACGUCGUAUUGAACGUACCAAUGCACCCUAUAUUGCAGCAAAAUUCCCCCAGAGAAACAUUCCAUACACCUUUCACCUGGGUUCCGGUGAGAUUUAUCACAAUUUCACGAAUAAGAAAUUGGAGCGCGGCAAGAGAUAUCGGAUUUUCGUGAGGGCUGUUGUCGAUACGCCUCAGAAGCAUCUCUACACGUCCAGUCCAUUUUCUGAAUUUCUGGCCUUGGACAUGCGAGAAGCACCACCAGGAGAACCACCAAAUCGACCUCUGCCCAAUAUUCCCUUUGAUCCUGAGGUGUCAGUCAAUAAAAAUUCCAAUGAACCCGGAAUGUUUUGGGUGGUUGGACCAAUUAUUGCUGCUCUUCUCAUCUGCUUCAUCUUUGUCGUCAUCUACUUCGUGAAGCGUCGCAGGCAAUCCUGCAAGACACCCGAUCAAGCUGCUGUUACACGUCCUCUGAUGGCAGCGGAUUUGGGUGCUGGACCAGCUCCAUCGGAUCCAGUUGACAUGAGAAGAUUGAACUUCCAAACUCCCGGAAUGAUCAGUCAUCCACCGAUUCCCAUCACGGAAUUUGCCAAUCACAUCGAACGCCUCAAAGCAUCAGACAAUCUCAAAUUUUCCCAGGAGUACGAGAGUAUCGAACCUGGUCAGCAAUUCACAUGGGAUCAUUCCAAUUUGGAAGUGAAUAAGUCAAAGAAUCGCUAUGCCAAUGUCACGGCAUACGAUCACAGUCGAGUCAUUCUGCAGACGAUGGAUAGUCAGGGAUCGGACUACAUCAAUGCCAAUUACUGCGAUGGAUACAGGAAACACAAUGCUUACGUUGCUACUCAGGGACCUCUUCAGGAUACUUGUGCUGAUUUCUGGAGAAUGUGCUGGGAAUUGCGCACUUCCACCAUUGUCAUGAUGACUCGCCUGGAGGAGCGUGCGAGGAUCAAGUGUGACCAGUACUGGCCAUCUCGGGGCAGUGAGACUUACGGGCAGCUCACAGUGACCAUCUCGGAAACUCAGGAACUGGCCACGUACAGCAUCCGCACUUUCCAGGUGUGCAAGCAGGGCAGUGGCGAGAGGCGAGAGAUUAAGCAGCUGCAGUUCACAGCAUGGCCAGAUCAUGGAGUUCCUGACCAUCCGGCACCAUUUCUGCAAUUUCUGCGUCGCUGUCGUGCUCUCACUCCGCCGGAUUCGGGUCCAGUGAUUGUGCACUGUUCGGCUGGUGUUGGCCGGACGGGAUGCUUCAUUGUCAUUGACUCGAUGCUGGAGAGGAUGAAGCAUGAGAAGACAAUCGAUAUCUAUGGGCAUGUGACUUGUCUGAGGGCACAACGAAAUUACAUGGUUCAGACAGAGGAUCAGUACAUCUUCAUCCAUGAUGCCAUCCUCGAGGCCAUCAUCUGUGGGAACACAGAAGUGGCUGCCCGGAAUCUGCACAAUCACAUCCAGAAGCUCAUGCAGACAGAACCUGGAGAGAAUAUCACGGGAAUGGAGGUGGAAUUUAAGAAAUUGUCGAAUAUCAAAGCAGACAGCUCGCGUUUCGUGACGGCCAAUUUGCAGUGCAACAAACACAAGAAUCGCCUUGUGCACAUCCUUCCGUACGAAUCCAGUCGCGUGUGCAUCAGUCCAAUUCGUGGCAUCGAGGGCAGUGACUAUAUCAAUGCUAGCUUCAUUGAUGGGUAUCGCUACAGGAAUGCCUAUAUUGCUGCCCAGGGACCUCUUCAGGACACCGCCGAGGACUUUUGGCGCAUGCUGUGGGAGCACAAUUCGACCAUUGUGGUGAUGCUGACCAAACUCAAAGAAAUGGGAAGGGAAAAAUGCUACCAAUACUGGCCACAUGAGCGUUCUGUGCGGUAUCAGUGCUACGUGGUGGAUCCGAUUGCGGAGUACAAUAUGCCGCAGUACAAGCUGCGUGAGUUCAAAGUGACGGACGCCAGGGAUGGCUCAUCGAGGACAGUGCGUCAGUUCCAGUUUAUCGAUUGGCCAGAGCAGGGAGUACCCAAAUCAGGUGAAGGUUUUAUCGAUUUUAUUGGGCAGGUGCACAAGACGAAGGAGCAAUUUGGCCAAGAUGGCCCAAUAACUGUGCACUGCAGUGCUGGAGUUGGUCGAACGGGUGUCUUCAUAACGCUCAGCAUUGUGCUGGAGCGAAUGCAGUACGAAGGUGUGCUGGAUGUCUUCCAGACUGUGCGAAUUUUGCGAUCUCAGCGACCGGCCAUGGUGCAGACUGAGGAUCAGUAUCAGUUCUGCUAUCGUGCUGCUCUUGAGUAUCUUGGGUCAUUUGACCACUAUGCCAAUUGAGGGGGAGGGAGGAGAGUGUCGUAAGUAAGACGAGUGUUUUUUGUGCCCACUUGUGCCAGAUUUUGUGAUGACUGACACCAUAUUCAAAAAAUGUCUGACUGAGAAGGGAUGGGCAAUUUUGCUUUCCUCUUCUGGCAAUUUCCGAGGUCUACGUUAACUUAGAAAAUAUUUGUAUAUUUAUUUUA